GUUAGUCAGUGUUAGUAUGUCUCUGGGCCUGGUAUAGCGAUGGUACACUCAGGUCAGGUACAGUAGUUGACGGUUGAGUUGAUAAAGCCACAGUAUGAGUGAGUAAGUAUAAGUGACGAACAUACGAAUCAAUGUGAAUUUUAAUGGGAUAUCGAGUUAGAACGUUGAUGAAAUCGUCUCGCGCGAUCAAAAUGUUGAAUUUACUCGAUCAAUCUGCUCGCACGUAGAAAAUGUCUGACACACGUCUUUGGAGGCUAUUAUGGUUUUGUCCACUAUUUAUUAUUCUGUUCCUAUUCCCGCUUACUGAUAGCGGCGAUAUAAAACAGUUGACGUUUUGCGAACAAAAGUCAUCACGCAGUUUACUGUUUGUGAGUACAUUAGAUGGAAAGGUAUCUGCUUUGGAUGCUAAUAAUCUUGGAAAAAAACUAUGGACAUUAGAAUUUAACGAUGGGCCUAUGUUAUCGUCGAGCAUUCAUCGCAGAGAACUUAAUAACAAUGGACAAUGGGUUCGUUUGAUUCCAUCUUUAAAUGGAAAAUUGUACAAAUUCGAUGGAGAUAAUUUGGAAGCAGUCCCGGUAUCUGCAAGUCAAUUAUUGCAGUCAUCUUUUCGCUACUCGGAUGAUCUGGUAUUCUCCGGUGGUAGAGAAGUUAAAUCAUAUGCUGUUUCCAGUACAACAGGAAAAAUAUUGUACGAAUGCGGGAUUAAUGGUUGUAUAAAUACUACAGAUGGAGAGACCUACAUUCAACAAGAAGUGCUUAUUAUUCAGAGGUUUCAACAAACUGUUAGAGCAGUUGAACCACAUACCGGCAUUGAAAGGUGGAACUUCAGUGUUGGCCAACACGACUUAGUAUUGGUUCCUGUUCCUGACAUGAAUUGCCAGAAUGAAGAUACUCAUCAAAUUCAGGAUAUCGAGAUCAAAGUCGUCGUACCGGAUGGUCUGAUUUGGGCCGUCAGCAAAAACGAUCCCGCAGUAAAAUUAUGGCAAUACAAGUUCGAUUCUCCAAUCGUUAGUAUAUGGCGCGAAGAUGCGAAUAAAAAGAUCAGUGGACACAAGAACGUGAAGGAAAUCAACUUAUUCGAUAGUACGCAAUACUAUGGGGGAACAGAGUUCUCCGCGAGCCCGGGUAUCUAUCUAGGCAUGCAUAAUAGACAAUUGUACAUACAAGAAAAUACAGAACUGCAGAAUUCGUUGGAGGCAACACCGAGGUAUAUGGAACAUUUGAAAUAUCCAUGGCGACCCCAUGCAGCUAUAGGUAACGUUGUCAGAGAUUCAGUUCCAAUUAAAGCAGAAGACAAUAAUAUUGAGGAUGUUGCACUUGAGAUAAGCGACGCGCAAAGCACUACUGCGUUAUCGGUCCUAUAUAAUUCGGAAUAUAUAAAUGGAAAUGGAUUUUAUCUCUUUUCGACGGAUCAGUUGGAAUUGGAGAGUAACAAACAAUGCAAUGGUACCAAUCCACAAUUGACGUUUGUAGAAAAGAUAGUGGGUACAACUUACAGGACAACAAAUACGAACAGAGAGGACGACAACACGCCCGUGCAAGUUAUAAUAGUUUCGUUGUGGUAUUGGUGGAAGGAAGUUUUAAUAAUCUCAAUCACGACCGCGGUUCUGCUGAACUUCAUGUUGACCCAACGUUUGUUAAGUGCCACAACGGACGCUAAAGACGCCACAUUACCCCCCUUGAUAGUCGAGAGAUAUAUAGAGACCAACAAAGGCAACCAGUUGAUUAAGGAAGAGACUGACGUCGACAGUUUCAAGUCUCGUUAUCUCACAGACUUCGUACCGGUGAAUUGUUUAGGGAAGGGUGGCUACGGGGUAGUUUUCGAAGCGAAGAAUAAGAUAGACGAUUGUAAUUAUGCGAUUAAAAGGAUCGCCCUGCCGAAUAGUGAGAGUUCGAUGGAACGCGUGAUGCGUGAAGUAAAGGCAUUGGCCAAACUGGAUCACCCGAACAUCGUAAGAUACUUCAACGCGUGGCGGGAAUGCCCGCCUCCAGGAUGGCAAGAAAAGUACGAUCCCGAGUGGAUGAGGAACUUACCGAACUUGGAUACUAUUUCGUCUUCUAUCCGUACCGAGGCAAAAGUCAAUAAUUCUGUAUGUAUCGAUUUGAGUCAGACGGACACGUCGAUAGACAGUGCCCGUGAGGCUUACGAAUUGGACCACGUCUUAGACGAAGAUUCCUCUAUUGUGUUUGAAAAGACUGAAUCAUCGAAUCAGGAUAACGUUAUCGAUAUUAAUAAUAGUACCGAAAGCUCUUGUUUAUCUCGGAAGAGCACAAGGGACAAGGCGUUGUCAAUCAACGAUUGUUCACAUUCCGAAAGUAUCGUGUUUAAGGAAAGUACCAGCAAUGAAAACGAGAAGAGAAGAAAACGUCAGAAAUCGUUUUCUUUAGACUUGAAUAACAAAUCGCAUUCACGAAAGUCUCCGAAAAUGUUCCUUUAUAUACAAAUGCAACUGUGCCAAAAGCUGAGUCUCAGAGAGUGGUUAAGGAAUCAAUCCAAACGGGAUUGCCAUCGCGUGUUGAACAUAUUUCAGCAAAUCGUCGAAGCUGUGGAAUACGUCCAUUUACAAGGACUUAUUCACCGUGAUUUGAAGCCUUCGAACAUAUUCUUCUCCUAUGAUGACAAAAUAAAAGUCGGAGAUUUCGGUCUUGUGACCGCGAUGACGGAAAGUUACAACGAAGCUCAUACUCCUCCGUCCGAGAAUAAGGACGUCAGUUUAAAGAACAGUUUACAUACUGCGUACGUUGGCACGCAUCUUUACAUGUCCCCUGAGCAGAUGAACGGCCAGGGAUAUAACUACAAAGUAGAUAUCUACUCUUUAGGAAUUAUAUUGUUCGAACUACUCAUUCCAUUUGGUACCGAGACGGAAAGGUCAAUCGUCUUGAUGAACUUGAGGAAAUUAAUGUUUCCGAAAGAUUUCAAUAACAAUUAUCCAGCUGAGUUUAAUCUGUUGAACAUGAUGUUGGAUGCAAAUCCUAACAACAGGCCUACAACGUUCGGCAUUAAAGCCAGACCACCGUUGUCGAAUCAAGGAACAAUCAACGGGCUUAACACAUGCGAGGACACGAAGUGGCAUUUCGAAUUGCCACAAAUUUCACGGCAUUCCUCUAUGACCAGCAGUAGCAGCGCUGAAUCCUGGGAGAACAUAAAUUGAGUAAUCUAUUAACAGUAUUUAAUACAUCAAAAUAUUGUAAGUGUUAACGAGAGUGGAUGCUCAAUUGAUUUUAUUAUCAUUACUUUGAAAUCGUCUGAAUGGAAAUAUUACAAUGAUUGAAAGAGGUCGUGUAUGAAUUAAUUGAAUGUGUAGAAAUAAAUACGUGGUCUUUCAAUGAAAACGCGUACGUUGGCUGGUUUCGUUGUACUUCUCAGGGUAAUUAUGGGCCAUCGUUGUACGACGUGAUCUAUAAUAUAUUUUCUUAGAUUUUAAUUCACGUAGUUUAAAUAUUUUUUUUAUAUAUACCAUCCUGUGACUCGAAAGGUAUCACUGUUACAUUUCUACGUAUAAAAUUAAUUAUAUUUACUGUUACAAUUCGGAGUUUCUGUGGAAUCGUUUUAUAAUAGAAGUAAGAUAAUAUAGAUAUUUUUAUAAAAUGAACAAUCGAUUGUCUUUGAUUAACACCUCUUAUUUUGCCGGCGUUUUGUAAAAUUCGAUUUAUUAUAUGUUUUUCGUUCACACAGUUUAAAUAUUUCUCUACAUAGCAUCCUGUUAUUUCGUAAUCACUGUGGCUCAGAAGAUAUGACUAUUAUAUUUUCAUGUAUAUUAUUUGAAAGUAAUUAUAUUUACUGUUCCAAUACGGAAUUUUAUAAUAAAAGUAAGAGAUUAUUUAUUAAGCCGAUGAUCAGUGUAUUAAACAUAUUUGUAAUUAUUAGUUAUAAUAUAGCAUGUUUAAACAUGUAUGUAAUUGGUACUUAUUACUUAUCGUCUAAGAUUUUAGACACGACUUCGUUCGCAGUCUGUGGUCCACCAAGCAACGUUACUCCAUUCUUAGACAAAACAAAAUUUACCAUCGAUAUAAUAUCGUCAUUCUGCGGAAGCCUGUAAAAUGGGUCACCUCGUGCGUUUUAACUUUUGAAUAAUAAAAGUGAAAAUCGUU